AGUUAAUGGAAAAUGUAUUUAUGUUUCACCAUUGAGUAGGAGGCAGCACUCUAAACACAGACCAAACACUUCUGCUUAUGUGGAGCCUAAGCUCAAUAGCCUCUUAGCUAUAUCUGAGGAGAGCGGUGGAAGAGUUUGUUUCCUCUCCCUCUGAAGCCUUCUAAUCCUGCUCCGUUGUCUGUGUUUGCUAGCGGGCUGCUCCCUCUGCCUUUACGGUUGUCAAGAUAGUUUCUCUCUCCCACUUCUGUGUCUCUCUUUCCGGCUGCCGCUAGAGAACCAGGAAGUAAAGAGAGAAAGGGGGGAGAAAAUAAAUACCCAGCAGCUGAGGAAAACAAGGAAGUGAAUGCAGCCAGAGCUUCAGCUGUGAAGUGAAAGUAGACCAGGGCAGUUUGCAUAAGGAAGUGCUAGCUAGCUAACGUCAACACUGUCUGUGCUCUCCCCAGCAGAGAGUUUAACGAAGAGCGGCAGAAAGAGAACGAGACUGCAGCGCCUGCCUCACAGAAAUACCAGCAGUGAGUACCCAUUUGAACUGAGCUGCCCACUGGUAGGCCUCACAGGGGAAAAGGUGUCCUGCUCAUAGCCCCCUAUUCACCCUACUCAUACCCACCACAAUGACAGACCAAGGGAAACCCUGGAGAGGAAGUGGAGGACCUGAGGAGGAGGAGUUACCACAGAUGGAUGGGUCAUGUGACGCUUGUGAGCCUGACGAGGCCCAGCAGGCAACCCAGGUGUGUUACACCUGCAGCUUCGCCUUCUGCUCUACCCACGCUGAGAAACAUGUCCACAGCACACGACACCUACUGACGCCCUACGACCAGGAAGUGGCGCAGCCCCAGGCCCGGUCCCAACAGCCGGCCAGGGACAGAGACCCAGGGGAGGGGGAGGAAAGGUUUCGAGAGAUUGGGCGUAGGGCAGGGCAAGAGGUGAUGGAAAAUGGGGCAUGCGGUGGGACUGGGGUACAAGAGAACGAGGCGUGUGGAGGAGAGAGAGUCCAAGGGGAGGGGAAAGUUGAUGAUGAAGAUGAUGGUGAUGAAGAGGCGGUGGCAGCCCCAGAGGGGGGUAGUAAGAGGGAGACGGUGACAGUGGAGAGGCUGCGCUGUAAUGAGCAUGGCCAGGAGGGUUCUCUUUACUGCAAGACUGACGAGAAGGUCAUCUGUGUGGUGUGUGCCGUGCAGGGGGAGCACCGCGAGCAUGAGAUCAUCACCUUGCGCGAGGCCUACAUCUGGCAAAAGAGCAGGGAGGGUUAUGACCUGCUGGGCUGCACACAGAACAUGGCUGACCAUAUCAAGACCAAGUGGACCAACCCUGAGAUGUCUACAGAGCAGUUGGAGGCGUAUGUCAACAGUCAGUUUGAUGAGCUCCACCGGCUAGUUCGUCUGGAGGAGAAGAGGACCCUCCACCUAGUGGACCUGAAAGAAGCCUUCCUGACCGCCGCCGCCGCCGAGAAGAUCGCUGAGAUCACCGUCCACACCGAGCGGCUCCAGGAGGAGAUGGCCUGUAUCACGCAGCAGCUGGGCCAGCUGGACCAGGCUGAGGCACAGCCUGGAGCCGGAGUAGCCGCCAUAGCCCAGGGAGGACCAUGCCCCAGACCAGCGCAGCGCGACAUUGAGGCCAGGCCAAGACUCCCAGAGCCGAGACGAGACCCUCAGGACCCCAGGGACUAUGGAGAGGGUGGGUCCAGAUCCUCAAUGGGACACGCCCCCUGACACCAUCUGCCCAAUCACAGAUCACUUCCCACUCCUCUCUUUCCUCCUACUUCUGUCCAGGAGACCAACAAAACCAGAGAGAUUCUCCUCUCCAUGUCUGACGAAAAUGGAGUGAGAAUGAAGAAGGCUGUAACAAAAUGGAUGGCUCUUUCUUUCUGCUUUCAGAACUUUUAAAACUCUGCUAAGUCUUUUUUUUAAAUUGAGGUUCAUGAGUCGAUUGCAAUCUAUUCCCGUCAGGCAAAAUUUUCACACUCAAUCAGAUCCUUGUCUGGUGAGCUGUGCUCAGUGAGGAGUGUAGGUAGAAAAGCUGAGGACCUGCUAAAACCCAGCAGAUGUCAGGAUUGGAUCAUGAAAUUCUGAAUGUGACACGCUGUGCUUUACAUUCAUUUCUUCUAUGUAUUUAGUAAUGACAAGCAGCAUUGACCAAAAAAAAAGCCAGGCAAAAUAAGUUGACAGAACACCUUAGAUCAGAGGAGGAAUAUAGAAUGUACAGGACAAGGUGGGUGUUCCUGUUUUAUACUCUGAAGGGAAAUAUAUCACAAGUGUCUUAAAUCUGCCUUGAUGUAUAAACACAACCUAGUACUUACUAACUGCUCUCCUCUUCUCUUGUUUGUCCUCACCUUCAAAUUAUCUCCCCUCCUUCCUCUUGUGUUUGUCAGAUUCCUCAUCAGAUGAUGCGUUGGCACAUAUUGAUUUCUGAGAGCUG